AAUGUUUAUAUCCUUAUGAGUAUAUAUAUUUGAGUAUAUUUAUCCAAUAUAAAAUAUGAAUAGAUUUCUCCAUUGAAUACCUAGAAUUUAAUUAAUAUAUUGAAAUGAAAUGUACUUUCAUUCUAUCCGAUUAGUAGCUGAAUAAUUUAUACCUUAUUGUUCACAUUUCAUAUUGAGGUUAUUUAACAUUACCAAUAUUAUACAAUUUAUUAAACAAAAGUAAAUAGCGCCAAUUUUUUUUAAAAAAAAAGAAGUGGAUAUUUCCAAGUGAACUGUUGUUUAUUUUAACAAAAGAAAAGAAAAAAAAAACAAAUUAAUAGAACUUUUAUAAGAUAAGUGAUUGGUUUCAAUGAAUUCAUCAAUGCAUUGCCAGGAAAAUGUUUUGGAUCUGAUCUACAAAUUUAAUAAAUAUCAAAUGUCAUUAUUGAAAUAAAUGAACGUUUAAGAAAAUCCCAUGGUUUGUCUACAUUAAAUCACCGAUUGCUCAAGAACUAAUAGAUUCAACUCAAUAGUUUACGAUACUAAACAUCACAUUUACCAAUGAAUUUACAACGACUUAGUAUUAAUAUUGGACGAAAAAGUAUUAUUUCAUUUUUUGAUAUACUGCAUAAACGUUCUCAGUCAACGGCAGUUACCACAUACAAGUCUCAAGAUAAUAGACAACCUAUGAAUACAGUUGGAUUUCAAUUUUUAUCACAUAAAAAUUAUUAUCCUUUAAUGAUUGAUUCUAUAACGCAUCAGUUGGAUCUUAUUGAAAAAUUUGUUUCAGUUAUUGAACAAAUGACUGAUGCUAGACAAUCUUACUCAAUAGCCAUAAAAAAUGUAUGUCAAUCAUUUAAAGAAAGUGUAGAAAAAGUUGAAAGUAUAAAGAAAGACAGUGACACUAAUAGUAACAAUGAAAUUCUUUAUAAUUUUUGGCAUGUAUUUAUUGAGAAGUUUCAAAAUGAAGCUGAGCUUCAUGAAAAUGUAAUUCAGGAGACUAAAGCAAAAGUUGUGACUCCACUACAGUGUAUUGUGAAGCAUAGAAGACAACAGAUUUCUCGUUUGAAAGCUUUUCGUACAUCAACAGAUUACACUCUUAAGGAAUGUGCUGAAAAGGUUAAUGAGUUACAAAGUAAUUACGCAGAGAUGUAUAGAAUUCACCGUGAAAUACUACAAACUAAAGCUAUAAAAGACUUGCUCAAUGCUCAUAAUUCUUAUGUUCUUCAACUACAUAUGACAAAUGCCAUGAAAGCUUAUUAUCACAAUUUAGUAUUACCACAACUAAUGCAGGAAUUCGAAGAUAUUGUCAGGGAAAACAUCGUUGGAUUUGUUCAAAUUUUUGAAUAUUUUUGCUCAAUUCAUACAAAUAUGUUUGAUCAACUUAUUUGUAACAUUAAUGGUGUUCAACUUAAAGUGAGAGAGGUUUCUCCAGAUUCUGUUGUAUCAGUUAUUGUGCAAAAUUUAAACAAAAAUCAAAAUCCAACACACUGGCAGCUCAUUGAAUAUCUUUCACCAGACUGUGAUUGCCCUGAAAUUUUAUGCUCAAAUCAAAUAAUUGUUGAUAAUUUAGUUAAAGUAGAAUUACGAAAUAAAUUCAGUGAAUUAAAACGUCAAUUUGCUGAACUUUCAUCAUUUAUGCAACAAAAUGUAAACAUUGUAGAUACAUUGAAAACAUUGGAAAAGAGAUUUGAUUUUGAUACUCAAACUGAGCAUACAAACUUGAAUAUGCAUGAUGAUAUUUAUCGUAAAGAGAAUGAAAUACGUAAAGCAAAAAUAGCAUUAGCUGGGAUUGAAGUACAAUUAAAAAUUAUUGAUAUGAAGAAAGACGGUUCUGGUGACCUGAAAUCUGUCACAACAUCCGGUUCACAAAAUAUUAAAGGAUUAUGGAAACGAGCCUUUCAUUCUUUAAGAAAAGAUAAGACUGAUAAAGAUCAAAUUAAACGUAAAGAAAAUGGUAAUCAACCAACUGAUCCUCAAACACCAGAAGGUGAAGUUGAUCCAGUAUAUCAUUUGCUAAGAUGUGCUGCGAGUAAAAGUCAAACUACAGCUGUAGCUACAACUGGUAUAAUGAAUUCUAGAAUUAAUGCUAAAACAAAAUCCUCUGUACCCGAUACACCUAUAACAAAAUCAGAGUUAACAAAGAAGUUCACAAAUCGUUUAGAUCGCAGUACAUCACUGAAAAAUAAUACAAACCCAUUUUAUUGAUUGGAGAUCAUCCUGUAUGAAUUCACCAACACUAUGUAUUACUCUUUUUAUACCUUUAGCCUUUCACUAUAACUUAUCUUUAUCUUUUCCUUCAUCAUACAGUUAUUCACUAACCUAUCCACUAUAGAUAUGCAUGUACAUGAAAACUCUCUCUCUCUAUACAUAUAUAUAUAUAUACUAAUGCACGAUUACAUGAUUUCUUCAUUUUUCUAUUACUUAUUUUCUCUUUCUUUUUUCUACAAAUGUUCGUCAUCCGAACAAACUUUCAAUGAUAUAUAUGAACAAUUAAAGUUAUGCUGUAUAUUUUCGUUAUUAUUGUUAUUCAUGACAGCUAAACAUAAUUCAGUUGUUCUUUGUUUGUAUUCUGUGACAUAUUUGUUGUUUCUUUACUGUUGUUAUUGAUAUAUUAGUCAUAGUAAUCAGAUCAUACAUCGUUACAAUUUGAAUAUUAAAACAAGAAAACAAAACAUAUUCAAUAAUUUGUUGUUGUCCAUUAUCACAUUUUUUCCUCAUUUUAUAUAUGUGUAACUUGUAAAACCUAUAAUUACAUUUAUUAGUAUUAAUAUAAUGUAAUAGUAGUAUUAGCAGUAGUAGUAUAAAUACUACAAAGGCAACAGAAUAUUUAUUUUUCAUAUCAGUGUUAUUAUUAGUACAAUCAUAAUUAUAAUUUAUUAUUAA